CCUAAGGGGUUCCUUUCUAGGGGUUUGUCAAGGGCUCUUGGUGGACAGUGAAGUAGAAGUCAAAUCUACCCUGAAGAAUUCUCCUGGCCCGGUCAAAUCGGGGGGCGUGGCCUGCCGGAGCCGCCAAGAACUCCUGAAAACAAAAUUUCUCAAAUCUCUGAGAUGAGAAGGAGGGGAUAGGAAUGGGUGAGCUGGAAAGGAAUAGGGAUGCCAAAGCUUGGACCAGAAGAAACAGGAACUGGGAUCUGGGGAGCGUCAAGGCUGCUAAGGGCUAAACUGAGCUGGAAAGACUUGGGAAUCCCUAAUCCGGCGAGGGGCUGACAGGGUGGGCAUCAGAUCCAGGCAAGCAGAGGCCCUAACAGUCAGUUGACAGCAGCCCAGAGACCUGGGCGGGGGAGGGGGGACUGUGGGGAAGGGGCGUCGCCUCUGUCGCCCCCGCCCUCCCCAGUGUACUGGGCGGUGCCUCGCCACCGCCUUUUUUCAUUUUUUAAUUCGGUCCCACCCCUCUGGCCCCUCUAGAGGGGCCAUGAGCCUCUGCUCGGCACCCUGGCGCGGAUCCCUGGGUUAGUCUGGCCUGGGCCACUGACGUCACCACCAAGUUUGCUGUCCUUCGCGUCCCACGUGUGGCGGUAGCGGCCAAGGAGGCUGCAGGGAGCGUCUAGGAGCACAGUGGCAGCGACCACUGACAGGUCCCGAGCACAGGGUCCACUCCAGGAGGCUCCCAGUUGGAGUCCCAGAGGAGUGGGUAGACUUCCGGAGAGCCCCAAGAGGCCAGAAGGUUCGAGUUCUACUCAGACCGAAGGGCUAAGGGGGACCUGGCUCCGUGCUGAGACCAUCUGAGCCAGGACUCUGAGCGCGCUCCUGGGAGGGCCAGGAAAGCGAGCAGCCAGCGGCUGGGAAAAGGGUCACUCGCUUUGUCCGGAGCGCACACAGCUCUGCGGACCGGGAGCCCCGCGUCCCCUCCACAGGGGCCGAGCCAAGAAUGCAGGGUCGCUGAGUCGAGAUCCGCACCGAGUGGCCGCUCAGGAACCUUGCUGAGCCCAGCGCCUUCGCCACCGCCGCCCGCCGCAGAGACUGCGUUGUCCGGCGACUCUCGGGGACCCGGGGCGCCGAGCUCUGCCCAACUAGGCUCAGGACACGAGCACAUUUCAGACCCGAGACGAUGGUUUCUUAAGCACGGCCCCGAACCCCACUUCCUGCCCCUUCGUCCGGAGCCCGGGACCCCGAGAAGGGCUCGCAGGCGGCUUCUGGUCCCCGCUCUAGCUCUGGCCGCCGCUCCGCGGGGCACCUCUCCCGCAGGCAGGGGCGCUCAGGCGAUGUGGCCUCAGGGCAGCGAGCGGGAUGGCAGGGCUCCUGGUGCAGUCCCGGCCUAGCAUGGCCCGCCGGUCGUCAGUCGCCUGUGGCUAGGAUGGCCCCCUCGGGCCCCGCCGGUGCCCAGCCAGGCCCGGCUGAGCCACUGUCGCGCAGCAUCUUCAGGAAGUUCUUGCUGAUGCUCUGCUCGCUACUCACUUCCCUCUACGUCUUCUACUGCCUGGCCGAGCGCUGCCAGCCCGGGUCAGGCCCCGUCGCGGGGGUCCCGGGGAGCGGCGUCUCUGCAGGACCGAGGGAGCUGGCGGCGUGGCCGGCGGGGGCGCAAAGGAAGCGCCUCCUGCAGCUGCGGCAAAGGCGGAGACGCGGGCGGCCCGGGCCAGGAGACAGCGGCGACCAGGAUGAGCAGAGCCCUGGGCUGACCGCGGCUCCAGGAGGCUCCGGGGCGGGAAGCAGCGUGGCGGAGGCCCAGUCCGGGACCCUGGCCCUACUCCUGGACGAGGGUAGCAAGCAGCUGCCGCAGGCCAUCAUCAUCGGCGUGAAGAAGGGCGGCACGAGGGCGCUGCUGGAGUUUCUGCGCGUGCACCCCGACGUGCGCGCCGUGGGCGCCGAGCCUCACUUCUUCGACCGCAGCUACCACAAGGGCCUCGCCUGGUACCGGGACCUGAUGCCCAGAACCCUGGAGGGACAGAUCACCAUGGAGAAGACGCCCAGCUACUUCGUGACCCGGGAGGCACCAGCGCGCAUCUCGGCCAUGUCCAAGGACACCAAGCUCAUCGUGGUGGUGCGCGACCCCGUGACCAGGGCCAUCUCGGACUACACGCAGACGCUGUCCAAGCGGCCGGACAUCCCUAGCUUCGAGAGCCUGACGUUCCGCAACCGCAGCGCGGGCCUCAUCGACACGUCCUGGAGCGCCAUCCAGAUCGGCCUGUACGCCAAGCACCUGGAGCCCUGGCUGCGCCACUUCCCGCUGGGCCAGAUGCUCUUCGUGAGCGGGGAGCGGCUGGUCAGCGACCCGGCCGGGGAGCUGCGCCGCGUGCAGGAUUUCCUGGGCCUCAAGCGCAUCAUCACCGACAAGCACUUCUACUUCAACCAGACCAAGGGCUUCCCAUGCCUCAAGAAGGCGGAGGGCAGCGGCAAGCCGCACUGCCUGGGCAAGACUAAGGGUCGCGCGCACCCCGCCAUUGCGCGCGAGGUGCUGCGGCAGCUGCGUGACUUUUACAGGCCCUUCAACCGCAAGUUCUACCAGAUGACCGGCCGCGACUUCGGCUGGGAUGGAUAG